UGGCAUUUCAGUUGGUAUUGUUUUGUUGUUGUUGAACGUACGGUAUCGGCUCGCAAGCAAACGUUUGGCCGUUAUUUAAUCCCUUAAAAAAACCUUAUGUGAUUUCUAAGUGAUUACCUCUCAGCGGGUCUCUAAAUUCGAUCGGUGUUUCGGAGAAUGCAAUAGAAUCUAACAGUACGCUCGACAGUCUAGUGUUAUUUUUAUCACGAUCACAUCGAAGAAUGCUAUAUUUGAAUCGGCAGAAACAAGGAAUUGAAUUCAGUAAGCAAAGUCCACCGAUGGAAUCGUGCAAGUUUUGUGUUAGUUUAUACUGAGUAACUUGAGGUGCAGUGCCACAGCAAUGUCAGGUUCCGGCGCGACGACGCCGACGUCGGCGGAGGCGCCGGAGACCCCGGCCGCCGGAGCCGCCGCGCUCGACGACCGCGACUUGGAGCCCCGCACGCCGAUGAAGCGGUUAGGCUCAACCAGGAAACUUGCAGCUUUCACUAACAUCCGCAUGCAGCUGUGCGAGCAGAACCGCGUGCUGGAGGCGCGCGCGGAGGCCAGCGCGGGCGUGGCGGCCGAGCUGCACGACUACUGCCGGCGCCGCGCCGAGCUGGAGCACGAGUACGCGCGCGCGCUCGACAAGCUGGCGCGCGCCGCCGCGCAGCGCCACAAGGACCAGCGCCACAAGCGCGAGCACUGGCCGCUCGUGGGCGCCGCCGCGUGCUGGCAGCGCGCGCUGGACGGCACGCGCGAGCUGGCGCGCGAGCACGGCGCGCUGGCCGACCUGUACGGCGGCGUGCUGGCCGCGCGGCUGCAGCGCGCCGCCGACGACGUGCUGCGGCUGCACCGCAAGUGCCGCGACGUGGUGCUGGAGCGGCACGAGGAGCUGGCCGGCGCGCUGGCGGAGGCGGGCGCGGCGGGCAAGGCGUGCGCGGCCGCGGCGGCCGACUGGCGCGCCGCCGCCGCCAAGCUGCGGCACGCGCACGACCAGCGCGAGCGCCUCGCCGCCGCCGACCCGCCGCGACCCAAGAAGUUGAAGGCGCUCGACAAGGAGCUGGAGAAGCGGCGCGCGCGCCACGGCGAGGCCCGCGGGCGCGCGCUGCGAGCUCGCGCGGACUACGUGCUCAGCCUGGAGGCCGCCAACGCCACGCUGCAGCGGUACUACCUCGACGACAUCGCAGAGAUCAUGAUGUGCAUGGAGGUGGGUUUCGAGGCGGUGGUGUCGCGCGCGGUGCGGGCGGCGGCGGCGGCGGAGAGCGGCAGCGCGGCGGCGGCGGCGCGCGCGGCGGCCGCGCUGCUGGCGGCGGGCGAGCAGCUGGACGCGCUGGCGGAGCGGCGCCGCCUGCUGGACGCGCACGCCGCCGCCUUCGCGCCGCCCGCGCCCGUGCCCUACCUCGGCACGCCGCCCGAGCGCCUGGACGCCGAGCUGGCGGCCGCGCUGGCCGGCGCCGACCCGGACGCGGGCAGCGCGCGCGCCGCCGCUACCGACGAACUGCGCGCUAGGUUGACGCAGCUAGAAGCGGCCGCGCGUCAGCUUCGCGCAGAACUGCGAGAGAGCGCUAAAACUCUAGACGCGGCGGAGGAGGAGCUGGUGCGGCUGAUGGAGGGCCCGGCCAGCGCGUGGAGCGGCGCGCGCGCAGACGACGAGGCGCCGCGCCGCGACCAGGAGGACUACUACCUCGGCAAGUUCCGGGCCUACCUCGCGUGCGCCGGCCGCCUGGCUCGGGUCGAAGGCCGCGCGAGCGCGGCGCGCGCGCGCGUGCCGGGCGCGGCGCCCCCCCCGCCCCCCUCGCCGCCCGGCCGCCCGCGGCGCGGCUUCCAGGCGCCGCUGGGCGAGCGCCUGCCGCUGGUGCUGACGUCGUGCGUGCGCGUCAUCGCCACGUACGGCGCGCGCCACCAGGGCAUCUUCCGCGUGUCGGGCUCGCAGCUGGAGAUGCACGCGCUGCGCGCCGCCUUCGAGCGCGGCGCCGACCCGCUGGCGCGCGUGCGCGACGCGGCCGACAUCAACUCGGUGUGCGGGCUGCUGAAGCUGUUCCUGCGCUCGCUGCGGCCGCCGCUGCUGCCGCCGCCGCUGCAGCCGGCGCUGCUGCGCGCGGCCGCCGAGCGCGAGGACGCCGCGUUCGUGGCGGCGGCGCGCCGCGCGCUAGCCUCGCUGCCGCCGCCCGCCAUGCGCGUGCUGCGGUACCUGUUCGCCUUCCUCGCGCACCUCACGCAGUUCAGCGCGCAGAACAUGAUGGACGCGUGGAACCUGGCGAUCUGCCUCGGGCCCACGCUGCUGUCCGCCUGGGGCGAGGGCGGCGCGCAGGUCGCGGCGCAGAACCUCGCCAACGAGCUGGUGAAGCGGAUCAUCCUGCACCACCUGCUCAUCUUCCCGCAGGACGUGGCGCCACACACUCUGUUCGUCCCGCCGGAGCCGGACGCGGGCGAGGGGGCGGAGGCGGAGCGGGACGAGGAGGAGGAGGGUGAGGAGGGGGAGGCGGCCGCCGGGGGGGAGGACGCCACCGACGGGGACGCGGGGCAGGGGGGAGACGACCGCGACAUCAACGACGACUUGUCGCUUUACGACGAAGAUGAUGAUGACGAUGACGAUGAAAUCAGUGAAGACGGAGAAAGUGGCGAGUGGCAGGAAUCCAAUAAUAUGGAGAAUCACAGGGCCUCAAGUGAAGAGCGAAGUCAGGCCAGUGCGUCUUCGCAGCAACAGACGAGCGGCGAGGCGGGCGGGCGGCUCGCGGAGAGCACGCCCGACCUCGUGCUCGACCUCCCCGCACGCGGCCCCGCGUCCGCCGGCGCGCCCCCCGCCGUGAGCCCCGCCGUGUGUUCCGCCGUGUGCCCCGCCGAGUGCGCCGCGCCGGCCGCGGCCGAGCCCGACGCCGCCGACACGUUCGCGCACAACCGCGACACGCUGCGCAAGCGGCCGCCGCGCGGGGAGCCGGCGCCGGCGGAGGCCGCGCCCGGCAGCCCGGUGCCGGCGCGCAACACGGCGCGCGUGGCCGCCAAGUUCGCGGAGCUCACGCUCACCGGCGGCUCGCUCAAGCCCGCGCUGGCCGCCAAGCCCGCGCUGCUGCGCCGCCCCACGCCGCACCCGCAGCACGCGCGGCCCCCCGCCGCCCCCGCACACGCCCCCGUCGCCCCCGCCGCGUCCGCCGCGCCCGCGCACGACUCCACGGGCUGACCGGGAUAAUACGUUACGCACUGAACGUAUAUUUUUGUAAAACUCUGAUGAGAUGUAUAUUUUAGGAUUCGUUUACGAAUGUCGGUGUAAUCUGAUAUUGUAACGGUGCAUGAUAUUAUAUUUAAGUAAGCUGACGGGACUCGCGUCGAUGUGAAGGAUGGAGACGAAAUUCGUAAAGUCCACAUAUAUUUUUUAAUAAUGUACUCUGCCACCGGAAUUUUACUGAACCCCGAAGUAAAAGUAGACAAUUAUCUUUGUCACUGUAACAAGGAUAUAUUUUUAACAAUAUAUUUUUUAUAAGUGAUUUCUGUAAAUCUAUAAUCAACUUAUUUUAAUAAAAUAAAAUAUCAGUGCCGGUGUUUAUAAUUGUUCGAUUCAGUCAGGGCACUGACGAGGUUAGUCUUAAUAUUAUUGCGUAUUCUUUAUAAUGCCCAUUGAUGAAGCAUAUCACUCACGCCAGCCUCAACACCUGACAAUUAGUCUGAACUCACGUCAAGUUCAGACUGAUUGUCAGGUUUUGAGGCUAGUUAAUCGAUCGCCAUAAGAAUCGUAGAAAACCAUACAAUAUAUUUCAAUCAUUUAUUUUUGACAUUGAAUUCUAUAAAUUAUGAAAAAUACGGAGACUUACAAAGUAAGUUAAUGAAUAACUUUAAAGUAUGACAAUGCCCCAAUUUAAAAUGAUUACUUUUGCAGUCGACGCUCAGCAAGUGGUCCAACAGAGGGGCGCAUCAUUAACGUGUGGCUUUGAGUUCUGAGGCGUGUGUGUGUUGGUGCGUGCUGUCGUGUGCUCAUGACGCGUUAUUACUAGUAAAGAGGCUCAACCGUGCUCGAUGUAGGAGUCCGCCCGAGUUGUAUGUAAUGUACUAUAAAUAACAAGGUUUUCACGUGCAAGUACGUUUUAUUGUGACGAUUCUGCCGCGUUUUCACGGUCGUUGCCAGGACUUACUGUCCUUAUAAUGUUGAGCGCCGUCAGCUCGACGGAAUGUUCGCCCACCGGCUUAUUAUUAUUUUUCUUCAACACCCGUGACAAAACACACUACCGCGUCCCUAUUCUGUAGUGUGAUGUUCAAACAAGGCGCGCGUUAAAACCUUUGCCAUUUAUAGUGUUUAUAACGCAACGCAAAGUGUAGAUUGUAUGUAUUGUUACAUGAAGCCGCCGCAUGGUGCUAGCGAGCCGGCGUAUUUCUAUGGCGCGGCUUGUCUGUCUGUCUGUAUGUCGGCUCUCCGACUUGUGAUAUUGUAAUCUCGAAUGUGCUGUAUGUACCUCCUGUAAUGUCGUACACAAUAAACCAGUAUUAUUGAA